ACGAGGAGGCGAGGGGACUGUGGGCCCUGGGCCGGGCCGAGCCAGGCGGGGCCGGCCGGGCUUCGGGGAGAGAGGGUUCUCAGCGAGGGGAGGCUAGAGCUCGUGCCCCGCAAGCCGAGAGGGGUGGGAGGAUCAGCCGAGGCCGAGGGACCAGCCCAGCCCCCGGACGAGCGGGGCCGGCGUGGAGGCGGAAGGGGGAAAACCAGGGAGGCCGGAAGCAGAGCUGGGGGUCCGCGUAAUGAGUAGGGAGACGCGGGAGAGUGAAUGAAUGGGGGACACCGAUAGCUGAUGGGAAAGGGGAGUGAAGGGAGUGCGGCGACGCAGGGGCCAAGUUAGGGAGCUCAGGAGACAGGAUAUGCCUGACUGGGAGACUCAGGGUGGCUGGGAAAGGGGGUGUGUGAACGGGGGAUUAGAGAGGCAGAACUAGGGGACCCAGGAGAACGGGGACGGGAGGAGAGAGGGUUCAUGGGAAAGAGGUGAAGUGGCUGUGGGAAGGCGGUGGGAGGCUGCAUGAAGUGGCCUUUCAGAGUUGAGGAGUCAUACUCAUACCCAGACUGGAGGCCUAGUUCCCAGCUCUGUGCUAGGGAAUUGCAGUGGGCAGCAGUGGUUCCCUUGCCAGGAUCUGAGGACCCCUCCGGUCCUCUUUGAGAUUCUCCCCAGAGAGGACUUCAAUGGCUGUCUCUGGAUUGCCUCUCGUGGGCCCCCAAGUUUGGCUCUGACUCCACCCCCCAUCCUGUACAGUCAGGCAAAAACAGUGACUCCCAGAAAUCUAUGUGAAUUGGGAACACGUGGUCUUCCCCGCCCCACUGCAGCUGCUGCACUUUAGGCAGUCAGCAUCCUGGAGCAGCCGGCUCCCAUUAUCCCAGCGUCUGGGAGGACCUUCUUCCCGGUGUUCAAGUCACCCUGCCUGAGGUGCUUCCUCUGCAGAUUCUCAGAGCCAAUUUGUGAUGCAGCUUCUGGCUGUGGUUGCUUUGCCUGGUGUUGAGCUGAGAUGGCUCAAGCCUGACAUUCCGUGAUCCUGGGUCCUGACAGAUGUGUACAGGCUGCUGGUGUUGUUGUGGGUGAUUUAAAACCACGAGGCGGUCCGGGGCCAGGCGACAAGAAUUCCCUCUGCCUGGAUGUUUGGAAACUCUCUGCCAACUUGAUUGGUGGAUCUGGGGGGGAUCCACCCCCACCCCAGAAGGAAAGGACAGUCCAUUUUGUGGGUGGGGCUUCAGGUGCCAGCCAGCUGAAGGAUGGCCACUCCUGUGGUCACCAAGACGGCCUGGAAGUUGCAGGAGAUCGUCGCGCACGCCAGCAAUGUGUCCUCGCUGGUGCUGGGCAAAGCCUCCGGGCGGCUGCUGGCCACAGGCGGGGAUGACUGCCGUGUCAACCUGUGGUCCAUCAACAAGCCCAACUGCAUCAUGAGCCUGACGGGCCACACGUCCCCAGUGGAGAGUGUCCGCCUCAAUACCCCCGAGGAGCUCAUCGUGGCCGGCUCCCAGUCGGGCUCCAUCCGCGUCUGGGACCUGGAAGCUGCCAAAAUUCUUCGCACACUCAUGGGACACAAAGCCAACAUCUGCAGCCUGGAUUUCCACCCAUAUGGCGAGUUUGUGGCCUCUGGUUCCCAGGACACGAACAUCAAGCUCUGGGACAUCAGGAGGAAAGGCUGUGUCUUCCGCUACAGAGGCCACAGCCAGGCCGUGCGCUGCCUCCGGUUCAGCCCCGAUGGGAAGUGGUUGGCAUCGGCUGCAGACGACCACACGGUGAAGCUCUGGGAUCUCACUGCCGGCAAGAUGAUGUCCGAGUUCCCUGGUCACACGGGGCCUGUGAACGUGGUGGAAUUUCACCCCAACGAGUACCUCCUGGCUUCUGGCAGCUCUGACAGGACGAUCCGUUUCUGGGACCUGGAGAAAUUCCAGGUGGUGAGCUGCAUCGAAGGGGAGCCGGGGCCUGUCAGGAGCGUCCUCUUCAACCCUGAUGGCUGCUGCCUGUACAGCGGCUGCCAGGACUCCCUGCGCGUCUACGGCUGGGAGCCCGAGCGCUGCUUCGAUGUGGUCCUCGUCAACUGGGGCAAGGUGGCCGACCUGGCCAUCUGCAAUGACCAGCUGAUAGGCGUGGCCUUCUCCCAGAGCAACGUCUCCUCUUACGUGGUGGAUCUGACGCGGGUCACCAGGACAGGCACGGUGGCCCAGGACCCCGUGCAGGACAGCCGGCCCCUGGCACAGCUGCCGCCCAACCCCAGCGCCCCGCUCCGGCGCAUCUACGAGCGGCCCAGCACGACCUGCAGCAAGCCUCAGAGGGUGAAGCAGAACUCGGAGAGCGAGCGCCGUAGCCCCAGCAGCGAGGACGACCGCGACGAGCGGGAGUCGCGGGCGGAGAUCCAGAACGCCGAGGACUACAACGAGAUCUUCCAGCCCAAGAACAGCAUCAGCCGGACACCGCCCCGGAGGAGUGAGCCCUUCCCAGCACCCCCUGAGGACGACGCGGCCACAGCCAAGGAGGCCGCGAAGCCCAGCCCGGCCAUGGACGUGCAGCUCCCGAUGCCAAACCUCGAUGUCCCACCCGGGCCUCCAGUCAUCACCUCCACACCGGCACCCAAGGCCGAGCCAGCCAUCAUCCCCGCCACGCGGAACGAGCCCAUCGGGCUCAAGGCCUCCGACUUCCUGCCCGCCGUGAAGAUCCCCCAGCAGGCGGAGCUGGUGGACGAGGACGCCAUGUCACAGAUCCGCAAAGGCCACGACACCAUGUGUGUGGUGCUCACCAGCCGCCACAAGAACCUGGACACGGUUCGGGCUGUGUGGACGACGGGUGACAUCAAGACAUCAGUGGACUCCGCCGUGGCCAUCAACGACCUGUCGGUGGUGGUGGACCUGCUGAACAUCGUCAACCAGAAAGCCUCGCUGUGGAAGCUGGACCUGUGCACCACGGUGCUGCCGCAGAUCGAGAAGCUUCUGCAGAGCAAGUACGAGAGCUACGUCCAGACGGGCUGCACCUCCCUGAAGCUGAUCCUGCAGCGGUUCCUGCCCCUGAUCACCGACAUCCUGGCGGCGCCGCCCUCUGUGGGCGUGGACAUCAGCCGGGAGGAGAGGCUGCACAAGUGCCGGCUCUGCUACAAGCAGCUCAAGAGCAUCAGCGUCCUGGUCAAGAGCAAGUCGUGCCUGAGCGGCCGCCACGGCAGUGCCUUCCGAGAGCUGCACCUGCUCAUGGCCACUUUGGACUGAGGGACCCAGGGGGUGGGGCGCCUGGCCUCCACCCCAAUGCCUGUUCCCUGUGCGCCCACCGGCCCAUGAGCCCCUGCCCGGCUCCCGCCCCGUGGCCGUCCUGGAGGCAGCGGCGCUGGCCCCCUCCACAGCCCCGGAACUCUGAGACAACUUCCUCUCUGGCAACAGCUGCCCAGCCUUGCCCAACUCUUGCUUCUCUUGGGGCAGCAAACUGAGCCCCGGGGCUGCUGCUGUAACUUAUAAGGCGGAUUUUAUUAAAUUUGUAACUAGGC